AUGGAACCAGAAAAAAUUGUUGAAGGAAGAGUUGGUCAAGAAUAUGAAGUCAGUGAUAACUAUAAAGGCACCUGGAAAGAAGCUGAAGGAAAUUAUUCAAAAUCCAAUAAAAACUCAUUUUUAGAUAGAUAA